GAUCAACCUUAAUUCUCUACAUCUCCAUCUAACAUGUCUAAAUUCUGCUGCACACGCCUUAGUGGCAUCUCGUGGUAAGUCUACAGAUGCCAUCAAGGGUAAGCACGGUACGAAAAUGGGCAAUGAUGACCUGAUUCAUCCAUAUAGCCUUGACAGGAUCAGAGGUUGUUAACACCGCAAAGGACAGAGGGGUCACAUCUCGUCGGGAAAAAACCUUGUGGGACAGUCUACGGAAAUGGCAGAAUCAUCACCCGUCCAACUCCAGCUCAUGUCCGACCUUCACCUCGAAACGCCCGUCACCCGUCCCACAUACUCCGACUUCUUCAUAACGCCUCAAUGUCCGAAUCUUGCACUCCUGGGAGACAUCGGAAACGUCGUAGACAAUCGCCUCCUCGAUUUUCUCCAAAUUCAAGUCCAACACUUCGAAAUCGUGUUCUUCCUCCUCGGUAACCACGAGCCCUACGACAGCAGCUUCCCCGUCGUCAUACAGCGCCUGCGUGAAUUCGAAAAGGAAGCCAACCAGGCGCAUCAGUCGCCAGAUUCCGGCUGCGGGAGGUUCGUCUUCCUGGACCAAACGCGCUUCGAUAUCUCCGAUUCUGUCACUAUCCUGGGCUGCACGUUCUUCUCGCGGAUCGCGGACGAGCAGAAAGAGUCAGUUGCGCGUUUUGUAUCUGAUUUUGAGGAGAUCGAGGGUUGGACUAUCCGUCAGCAUAACGCGGCACAUGAAGAUGAUCUGGCGUGGCUGAAUGCGCAGGUUGCGGCUAUCGAGCAUGAUGAACCGUGGCGUGCGAUUGUGGUUCUCACGCAUCAUAGUCCGACGCUUGCGCCCGCAGCUAAUGAUGCGAGGCAUUUGGAGGACGAGAAUGGAGUGAGAAGCGCGUUCGUGACGGAUGUGAGCCGCGAGCAGUGUUGGAAGAGUAAGAGCGUGAGGGUUUGGGCGUUUGGGCACACUCAUUUCAAUUGCGAUUUUGAAGAUGAGCAGACGGGGAAGAGGGUUGUUGCUAAUCAGAAGGGGUAUUCGAGGACGGAGAAUGCGACCUUUGAUGCUGAUAAGGUCGUCAAGAUUGAAGGAAUGAAGGCCAUCAAGAUGAAGUGGAAGGCAACCAAUUGGAAGGCAACCAAGCGGAAGUCCCACAAGUGUGUUGUCCAAUAAGUUCCACGUCUGGAGUUAGCCGGAAGUUUAGUCGCAGUCAUGGAAAAGGCCGCUAUCCUACAUGUCCAUAAGGAUAAGCUCAGCAUGUCCCAACUAAUUCAUUUCAUUCAUCGUUCGGUAUGCUUCCUUUACCUUCCAACUUUUGCUAGCCCUGUAGCCCGUAUACAAGGUAGGCCAAUGAGGCUUCCGUUGUAGCAAAUGCCGACGCUAUGGCCGUCGGCCACAUGAAGACUCAUUACUCGCGGUAUCGUCAAGUGAGGUGUCUUCGAGAGAUGUUACAGUAGAAAACCCAUUUGGCAGCAUUGCUAAAUAUGCUUAACCUCAUACAGCAUCUCACGAGUGGAGCUAG